GGCUCGGCCCGGCCCGGCUCUGCCCUCCCCCGGCUCGGGCGAGGAAAUGACCUAAGAGGAAACUCGGGCCGAGCCGGGGCUGCGGGGCCCGGGACGCUCCGGCCAUGUCCCUGCGUCCCAGCGGCCGAAAGACGGAGCGGGGGCGGCCCAGCAAGGGGCUGCCACUAGCACAUCUGUUCCCCUGAUUCUGCCGUUGGAGGAAGCCGGACAUGGGGGAAACAGGCAGAGAAGAGUAUAAAAUACAGUCAUUUGACACCGAGACUCAGAAGCUGCUGAAAACAGCACUCAAAGACCCCAGCAGUGUGGACCUGGACAAAGUGGCCAAUAUUAUAGUGGACCAGUCCCUCAAAGACUGUGUGUUCAGCAAGGAGGCAGGGCGCAUCUGCUACACCAUCAUCCAGGCAGAGAGCAAACAAGUGGGCCAGAGCGUCUUCCGGAGGAGCCUGCUGAACCGGCUGCAGCAGGAGUACAAGGACAGAGAGGAUCUGCGCACCCGGUCGCUACAGGCGUGGAUCUGCUACGUCACCUUCAUCUGCAACAUCUUCGACUACCUGAGGGUGAACAACAUGCCCAUGAUGGCUCUGGUGAACCCUGUUUAUGACUGUCUGUUCCGACUGGCACAGCCUGACAGCCUACGGAAGGAGGAAGAGGUGGACUGCUUGGUCCUGCAGCUCCAUCGCAUUGGCGAACAGCUGGAGAAGAUGAACUCACAGCGGAUGGAUGAGCUCUUCUCCCUCCUCCGAGAUGGCUUCCUUCUGCAGGAAGGGCUCAGCUCCCUGUCCCAGCUCCUGCUGCUGGAGAUCAUUGAGUUUCGGGCCGCCGACUGGAAGAUGACGGACGCUGCCCAGAAAUACUAUUACAGCGAAGUGACAGAUUAACCCCUCUACAGCAGAGGGGGAGAGAUGUCCCCAGCACUUUCACCAGCAAGCUUCACACCAAGUUUGAAUUUCUUCUCAUGUUAAUGUUUUUCUAGCACUUCCUGUAAAUAGGAUUUAUACUGGCUAGAGCCUCUGGGCACAUAACUAUCAGUAUCAGUCUGCAACUGGUGCUAGCCUGACUUUGGAUGUUUAGAGGUGGGAAGGGGUAGGGCGCAUUUAACCCAGCAAGUUCUUCCACUCACUUUGUUUAACGACGCGCUGCUGCCAGCAAAAGGCAAGGAAGGCUUCUAGCUCAAACCAGCAUUUUAUACAAGCGUUAAGGAAAGCACAGGCUGAGAGCAUUUUGGUUCACCCAAGAGCCAGCAGAGCUGAAGGAGGCAGAGGGGAAAUCUUUCACAGCUCACGGUCUCAGAACAGGUUGUAUCUGGUUGUCUGGGACAAGUUACAGAAAAUUCUGUGGUCGGAUGCCUCACAAGCAGCUCAUCCAAGUGCUACGUUUCCCUCCUUCCAGCACGCUGGCAGCACCUGCAUGCAGCACAGCCUUCACCACUGGUCACUGGCCACCAAGACCUGCCACGGGGCAGCCUGCAGCAGGACAGGUCGCUGAGCACAUGUAGCUAGAAACAGGUUUUAUAAAUUUUAUACAGUGACUGUUUUUUCAAAAUCUAGUGAGUUUCAAAUACAGUAUGUUUCUUAUGAGAAUAAGAAUGGGAGAGGAAGAAAGAAACCAAAAUAGUUUAAAUAAAUGUGUUUUUUUUUCUAAUAAAAGUUUUCCAC